CGCUAGUUCUCAGCAUGUGCAGGAAGGGGUAGACGGUACAGAGCUGCGGACCCUGCCUCCCACCCACCGUCAUUUGUCACGACACAUCCUUCCGGACCCUUGGUAAACAACCGCCACUGUGAGCCUCACACCUCCAGACCCCAAAACACACACCAUGGACUUCUCUAUCCGAGCCGCGAACGUGGAGGACUGCAAGGACAUCGCGCGGAUGGUUUUGGAGUUGGCUGAAUAUGAGAAAGUCGCAGACCAUGUGAAGAUCACACAGAAAGACCUGGAGCAGGACGGCUUCUCCAAGAACCCGUUCUUCCAUUUGAUCGUCGCUGAAGUGCCGGAACAGCACAAAACCAAAGAAGGCCAUACAAAAAUCGGAUAUGCACUAUACUUCUACUCCUACAGCUCAUGGUCGGGCAGAGCAGUUUAUAUGGAGGACUUGUACGUGAUGCCUGACUUCAGAGGGAAUGGCAUUGGUAAAGCACUAAUGAGCAAGGUAGCUCAGCUGGGCCUAGCUGCCGGCUGCAACCAACUCAACUUCACCGUCUUGAACUGGAACAAACCGUCCAUGGACUUUUACCUCAGCCAGGGCUGCUUCGACGUCACGGCUGACAUGGACUACCACUGUAUGCGCUGCGAGGGCGAGGCGCUGCAGCACCUGGCCCAGCCCUAACCCAACGCUGGGUAAAUGACAGCAUGACCUUUGCAGCCAUGAGGUCACACAGUGCAGGGAAAGAGCUCCAAUCAGUGGCCCUGUUCCAAAACUCCACAAUGACAAUCGUUGAGAGGAUUUCUCAAAAAGCAGAUCACUUAUAUGAUUGACUGUUUGAUAAACCCCCCCUUUGGUACUGGUAGUAAGCGUAUACAGUUUGAAAUGUUAGCAAAGCACAUAUGCCAUUCACAAUAAUAAAGAUGGCGGAUUUCACCAUUUGACAACUAUCUCACAGAGCGGGAAUCAAAAGCAGGAUUUAAAGCUGUACAUUUUCAACCGGCAGUUAUGUUAGCUGUAGUUAGCAUCAGCUUAUUAGCUAAUACUACAUUGGCUACAGCGAUACUUAACAGGACAGUAGCGCUAACGUUAGCAUAAACUAUAUCAGAUGCAGCUACCACACCAAUGAUGUUUACUUAACUUGUAAUCCCAGUUAGUUAUUUAUUAUGCACGUUAGCUUUAAAGGUAAUGCUCAGUUACUACUGAUGUUAAGCUAGUUAGCUAGCAUCAAGGAUAAAAAAGACACAACUCUCCAAACUCCUCACGUACGAGGUAAUGGUCUUGCUUCUCGCACACCACAUAAACUUGUAAAAAAGGGGUUUAGCAACCAGUCAAUUUACUUAUUAGUUUCAAGUAUUGGAACGGGGUCCAUGCAGUACAUUUAAACAAUACAUAGCUAAUAAAUGAAAUAUGUGUUUUGUGUUUUACCCUUGUCAUAUGUUAUGACCCAGAGCACCUUUACCAUUAAUCACUCUAGAAAUAAGAUCCUUGUUUUGCACAAAUACCCCAAAAAACAAUAUAUGCAUUGCAAAGCCAAGAUGUGGUGUAUGUGUGUCACUGUAAGACUGUUAGAAAAGAGUGUGUUCAUAGUAUGUUAUCCCUUUAAACACAUUAUAACCUAUAAGAACCACUCCUGUUGUCUUCCAGAUGAAGAGUGCUGUAAAGCUGUGGUGAAGCUAAAUGUCACACUGUCUUCCUUCCUUAUAUGCUAUGUAUGGAACUAAUCUUCUUCCGUGCAGCCACACAACAAACUCUCUGGGCUGGUUUUUAAAAAAAAAUUGCUUCGAAAUCAGACAUGAAAAAAAGCCAUCUGGUGGAAUUUGAAAAAUAAAAGUCUUGGACGGUUCAGUCCCUGUCUUUGAACCUGUCAUGCUAAAAUGAAAAGGGGCAUUAUUGUGGUUUGCACUUCUGUUUCAUAUCCAGUCUCAGUUUUUUUUGGGAAGACAGCUUUCUGUAUCAUAUCCAACAGUGUAAUGAAAACAGUCUUGAGUUGUGGGUUAAAUUUAGUUUGUUUUUGCUCACUCUAAACAAGUUAGAACCACGGACCCUGCUUUGUGGGUUUUGCAAUUUGCAUUUCAUUUCAUACUUUGUUUACAAAAUAAUUGAGUGAAGAAUGCACUGUUUUUUUUUCAGCUUUGGGACAUUAGGUUGUAAAAUAUGUUCCUACACUGAAGACUGCAUUUAAAGUGCCGUCAUUGUACUGUCAAGAGAGCAUGCCUCAAACAAAAUCAAUAGACUGAAGGAACAUGAAGAGAUAUUUAUAAAUGUUCCUGUCUGCAGCUUCCCAUCAGAAGGCCAGAAACAGAGCUUUAAAUUAUACAACUUGAGGAUUUGUUCCCAACUUGGAUUCCUAAGAGGGUUUCAAAAAUUCUAGUCCAGCGCUGAGUCCUGUGAAACACGGAUUGAAAAACAACUUGGGCGAAAAAAAAAAAAGAGAAACCAAGUUAAAUGUUUUGGGGUUUGUUCAGAUUUUGGUGUGCAGGUAUUUUGUUGUUCGACACGGUGCACAAUGUGGACGUUGUGAGCACAUUUGCACAAUUUAAGUGCUGUUAAGUUGUCACGAAAGACCUAAGUGCAGUAGUUAAUGUUUUUGCCAGAAGGGGAAAAUGUUUUAAUGUGUCUGAAAUGUUUGAAAAAUAAAGAUGUAAUAUUAAGGUGCAAAAA